GCACGUCACACGCAUUGGUGGCAGUCCUGGACAAGCAGAGCCACGCCGCUGAAGGAUCACUGUGCAUCACCCUCCACUAGGACAAGUACAUAUGAGAGGCUAUAUCUUUGAAAGCUCUGUGAGCCCCUCCUUACGUUCUACUCACUAUAUGUGAUCAACAAGCAGGCUGCACCAACACGCAUUAUCUCCACAAGUCUUUCUUCACAUCCUCAGCCUCGACUCAAUCAUCAAGAUGGCGCUUCCCCUUCUCAAACUCCCGCCUGAGAUUCUUCUCCAAAUACUCUCUAACCUAUCCAUCAAGCCCCUCCUACGAUUCGCGCAGACCUCACAUUACGCCCGCAUUCUAGCUCACACAAACUUCCGAGCACUCUCUCUCACAGUGUGCCCGUCCCACCGGACCUCGUGGCACUCCAAACUCUUCUUCGCCCCGCACAAGCCAGCGCACAGUCUGCACGCGGCGAUACAAAUUCCACACGCCUGGGACUUCGACUACCCCACGCUCCUCACCUUCCACAACAAGAUCACCGCCAGCAUUGUGAGCCGCUACGCCUCCACACUGCGUACCCUCGAGCUCACGCUAUGGACCCUCUCUCCAACCAUCGCCCAAGCCCUCACCACGCUCCCCGCCCUCAGAGACCUGAGCAUCCGCCUAGAGACCACGCACGCCAUGUCCCGAAUCUAUACCAGCCUGCAGCGCAGAGACGAGUGUGCGGCGUGGACACUCCUCGCGUCUAACCCCUCUUGGACGCACGUACUGCGCACUUUGCGGAUCGAGGGCGCUGAAAUCGGCGCGGCGCAGCUGGGAGGGCUUAUUGAGGGCGCCAUGCGGCUGCGCGACUUGAGUCUGAGCAGCUGCGGGAUGCUGACUGGAUCGAUCUGGGGCUGCGCGGGGCUGCGACGGCUACAGCAGCUGCGUGUAACGGAUUGUGCGAAUGUCCAUGUCGAUGCGACGGCGGUGGGGGGUAAUAAGCAAAUUACACAGACUGCAGGUACGUCGACUUAUCACUCCAUGCUGGUGCGAGCUGCCGAGAGCGAUCUUCGGUGCAGCGUUGCACAGCGAUGUGUGGACUGCGCUAAUCUGGGUUGUGCUACGCAGGCGCUGGAUCUGCACGGGUGUAAUGGCUUGGAUGGCGAGGUUUUGGAACAGUGGAACAGGGAUGUGUGGCGUGUGCCAGUGUUUGUGGCACCGCGGCCGCGUGGCUUGAUGAAGGAGAACUUGCUUAUUGAAGUCGAUCCCGACUACAUGAACGAGACUGUUUGAUCUACCUAACUACUAAUCAUUUUUUUGUAUGUCGUAUUUGAAAGUCGUUCACAUGCCCUUGG